AUGGCGGCGUGCGUGCCGCUGCUGUCUCUGCUGAAGAUGUCACCCUCAGCUUCUUCUCUGGGCUUCAGGUGUCUCCUGACAGAGAAACAUUCCUCCAGAAAGCUGCUAAAACCUCUGACGGACCUCUGCAGACGAGGCUUCACGGUGAAAGCCCAGCAGGUGGUGGAGGACAGUGGGAGCAAUGCAGCCGGGUUCAGCGGGCCUAUGGAUCACUACAGCGGGCUGAUCAGAGACGGAUCUCUGCGGGAGGAUGAGCACCAGAAAGCGGUGCUGCAGACACUGGACCAGCUGCACAAAACACUCAGAGGAUACAGCAACACACCCACAUCCUUCCUCUCCAAGUUUUUCACAAAACCUAAACCUCCACAAGGCUACUACAUCUACGGUGAUGUUGGCACAGGAAAAACUAUGGUGAUGGACAUGUUUUACUCACAUGUGGAGACGGAGAAGAAAAAGAGGGUUCAUUUCCACGGCUUCAUGUUGGACGUACAUAAAAGGAUUCAUCGACUGAAACAGAGCAUGCCAAAGAGGAAAGCGGGAAAAAUGGCCAAAUCCUAUGACCCCAUUGCUCCCGUUGCUGAGGAGAUUAGUGAGGAGGCGUGUCUUUUGUGCUUUGAUGAGUUUCAGGUCACUGAUAUCGCUGACGCCAUGAUUCUCCGGCAGCUUUUUGAGAAUCUGUUUCGGAACGGUGUCGUAGUUGUGGCCACGUCUAACCGUCCUCCUGAAGACUUGUAUAAAAACGGUCUACAGAGAGUCAACUUUGUGCCUUUCAUUGCUGUGCUGCAGAAAUAUUGCCAAACGCUUCGCCUGGACUCUGGGAUCGACUACCGCAAAAGGAAUAGACCAUCUGCUGGAAAACUGUACUUUCUCUCCAGUGAGCCUGAUGUAGAAGUGACGCUCGAUAAGAUGUUUGAUGAACUGGCUUUUAAGCAGAAUGACAUAACUCGACCAAGGGUUUUGAUUGUCCAGAACAGGAAAGUCCGUCUGAAUAAAGCAUGUGGGACCAUUGUGGACUGUACCUUUGAGGAGCUGUGUGAUAGACCUUUAGGGGCCAGUGACUACCUGGAGAUAUCCAGGCUGUUUGACACCGUCUUCAUUCGACACAUUCCUCUGCUGACACUCAACAAGAAAACUCAAGCCAGGCGCCUCAUUACGCUCGUGGAUGCGCUCUAUGACCACAAGGUGCGAGUGGUGCUCCUUGCCGAUUACCCGCUGGAGGAUAUUUUUGUACAAGGGAAUCACGAUCAUGACGAGAGCCACAUUCUCAUGGACGAUCUGGGGUUAAAAAGGGAAGAUGCCAGCAGUCUGUCCAUCUUCAGCGGAGAGGAGGAAAUGUUUGCCUUCCAGAGGACGGUUUCUCGGCUCACGGAGAUGCAGACGGAAGAAUACUGGUUGGAGGGGGACAGAAGCAUGAAAUCGAAGGCAUAACAUUUGGGCAAAGUCGACCGUUGUUACGCAAGCUACAUACUCCAUAAACUCCAUAAACUCCUCUCUGCCAAAAGCAUCCCAGACAGAACACUACUCCUCCUCCUCCUCCUGCUCCGCGUCCUGUCCAGCACAAACCCAAUGGGACACAUGUUGUACAGAGAGUAUUUAUUGAAAUCUUAAAGCCUUUUAUCACUUCUAUUGUGACGUUGCACUUUAUGGAUCAUUUUUUGAGAUGGACCUUUUGGGGUGUCAUGUUGCUUUUAAGCUCAGUAUUUACUUUUAUAAAUGUCUGGGAAAGAGCUUGAUGACUUUUGGAAAUGGGAUCCCAGAAGACUUUUAUGAAGAUUUAAGGGACGUUUUAAUCAUACAUAAUGUUUUUGAAAAUGUAAUGCAUCUCAAUGAGUUGUAUAUGAUUCUAAAACAAGCAUAAAUACAGUGGCAGCAGAUUUA